UCAUAAAUACGGAAACGAGCAGCAGGCUCACGUAGUUUACGUCUCAGCGGAAAGUCGUGGGGCGUGAACUCUUUGACGAGAUUUGUGCACACCAUUCAAGGCAUGCUAUUGUUGUAUCUAUAAUCUAUAACUAAUUAAUUACGUUAUGUGAUCUGAACUCUUAGUUGUUACUCAACAUGCCGCUUAUAAAACGUCACGUUGAGCCGGUUCAUCUGAGUCGGACCGUAAUCAGUCGGGGCAUCAAGAAUGAACUUGAGUGCGUGACAAAUAACACAUUAUCCGGUGUGAUACGCCAACUGAGCAAUCUUAGUAAACAUGCAGAGGAUAUCUUCGGUGACCUUUACCAAGAGGCAAACUCGGUGUUUAUCCGAGCUAAUAUUCUGCAAGACCGCAUCGAUAAACUUACUGUGAAGGUCACCAAGUUAGAUGCCACUCAAGAUCCAGUGUCUUUGCAAGAUAUCUUGGCACAUACUCCGUUCCAGAGUAAAGUGAUCAUGGAUCAGGAGAUGUUGAGUAAAGAGAAGCGGCCUACAGCUGUUCAUUAUACAUACGCCAAUAAGUGCGAGGAGCCGCCACGGCUUAGCAUUCUCACCCCGUACAGGGAAGAUGGCAGAGAAGGCUUAGAAUUUUACACCAAACCAAGGUAUUUCUUUGAAUUAUGGUGCGAAGAACAGAAAAAGAAUAUUUCAUUACUGAAACAGGAACGUAGACACCGAAGAAAACAACGGCACCCAAGAGAGAAAGGAAUAAUAUCUAAUCAACCAAGGGCAGCAAGAACAAGAAAGGAACACUGGGAAGCAAUGAAGCAUGGAGCGGAUUUACGGCAACAUCAAACACGACAGAGUGAUCACCAUAACAUGGCACCAGAGGAAGAAUUCCACGAGGACACCCCAGUACCAAACCAAACUCAAAUACGUGAUGAUAGACAGGCUUACUCUGGCAGCCCAUAUCAAGAUGCAGGUGGACUUGGUAGGCAGGAAGCUCGACGAUCUGCGCCAAACAGACCGAUGGCUGCCCCACCACCACCACCACCGCAGACAAUGAGUAAUGGAGGACCACCGAUGAACACCGGAUACCAGAACGAGUACAAUCUACAGCAGCAUGUACCAUCACCACCAGAGUAUCCAGAUGCGCCUCCUUACCAACCGCAAAUGAUCUCAGACCAAGGCUGCAGACUAGAUUUAGGACAUAAUGAUCAACAGGAAGAAUGCCACCAGAUUCCUGAUGCUCCGCCACUCCCCGCGGCUGGCUAUUCGUAUCCAGAACCAACACCUAUGCACAAUCUUGGUCAGUCGUCAUAUAUUCCAGCACCACCCCCACCACCAAAUAUUGGUUUUGUCCCUCCGCCACCUCCAGUACCACUUGGACCAGCAGCUCAAACAGGGAUUUCCUCACCAGCCAAAGUGCCAGCACCGCCUGUUAAAGAGGAACCAGAAGACAAUCCUAGAAGUGAUCUACUGAGUGCUAUCAGAACAGGUAUCAAACUACGCGAAGUAGACCGUACCCAGGCCAAGAAACAGAACUCAGACAGCACACCAAAUUCUGUAGCAGCCAUUCUAGCUCGUCGUCUAGCAGUGGAGCUAAGCGAUUCAGAAGAUGACAGUAAUACAAGCUCGGAUUGGGAGGAAGAUGAUACUAGUUGGGACUAACAGCCUGUUCACACUGAUACUAGAGAAUAUGAUGGUAUGGAUUGGAAUAAGAUCCCAUCUCUUGGAAUUGAAUAAUAAUGGCAGAUAGGGCAAAGGGGAAGAUGAUAGGUCUUUAGGACUAACAGCCUGUUCACACUGAUACUAGAAAAAUUGAUAGUAUGGAUUGGCUUAAAGCCUAAUCUCUGAUAAAAAUAAGCUAAGGCCCUGUUCACACGUAAAUACUGUAAGUAGUGUUCUGCACACCAUAUUUCCACUCCUCAUAUUCAGUACAUUUCAAAAAUUGUCUUCUUAGCGAUCUUUAGAUUUUUAUAACAAUUUGUAGAAAUAAAAAAAAAAUAAUCAUGGAAGAUUAAAUUAAAAAAUAUAUUUUCGCCCUAAAUAACAAAACAUUUUUGAUCUUUUCCACACUCAGAAUCUGUAUUCCAUCCAACUAAUUCGGUUAGAGUAUUAUAUAGAUAAUUUAUAUAUCUGAAUAGCCUCACUGUACUGAAUGUACCUUGUGUUUUGUAAUGGUGGUAAUAUACAACAAGUGGUUUCUUCAAUUUGUAAAAAUUAAAUUGUUUAAACUGGUGGCAGCAUUUAUAUCUAAUUAUUGUUAAUAGCUGUGUAGUAAGUAAUUAAAAAAGAGACAGUUCCACGUAUUCACUCGAUAUAAAGUGACUUGCUUGGCCACAGGAAACUUUUCAUAUUUUGUUCAGCGAACUUUAUUUAUGAAAGACCUUUAAUAGAGAGUAAGGCAGGAAAAAAAUAUGAUUAUGAAGUUUUAUUUCCUAUUUUUACUAAAAUAGCAAAAGCAACUAGACAGGAAAAAAAUGAAAAUAAAGUUCAUUGAUGA